AUGGCUUCUUCAUUGACUCUGCAAUCGUCCCCUUCCCAAACGGCAUCGUUUUUGAAGUCCUCCUCGUCUUUGUCUCGUUACGCUUUUGGACAGACAACAAGUUUGAAUUUCAAUGGUUCUUGCACUCGAAUUUCUGCUACGAACACCAUUAAAUGCGAUAUUUCUGAACCAUUGAAUUUUGGAAAUGGAAAGCCUACUAUUCCUGUCCUUAACUACCGAACCUUGCCCAAGUUCUUGGAAUCUGCUCGAGUGGAGAAAACUGUUAGCAGAAAUGAUACCAGGCUGAAAUUGUUUUCUGGCACAGCAAAUCCUGCUCUAUCUCAGGAAAUUGCUUGGUAUAUGGGCCUAGAACUGGGAAAGAUCAACAUAAAGCGAUUUGCAGAUGGGGAAAUAUAUGUUCAAUUGCAAGAGAGUGUUAGAGGAUGUGAUGUUUUUCUACUGCAGCCCACCUGUCCUCCGGCAAAUGAGAAUCUCAUGGAACUCCUGAUCAUGAUCGAUGCUUGUCGGAGAGCAUCAGCCAAGAACAUCACUGCUGUGAUCCCGUACUUUGGAUAUGCGAGAGCUGAUCGACAGACUCAAGGUCGUGAAUCCAUUGCAGCCAAACUUGUUGCAAACCUUAUCACAGAAGCAGGUGCAAACCGCAUUCUUGCCUGUGAUCUUCAUUCUGGGCAGUCUAUGGGUUACUUUGAUAUUCCUGUGGACCAUGUGUAUGGUCAGCCUGUGAUUCUUGAUUAUCUUGCAAGCAAGACAAUUUGUUCCAGUGAUUUGGUAGUGGUUUCACCUGACGUUGGUGGAGUUGCAAGAGCUCGGGCUUUUGCAAAAAAACUGUCGGAUGCUCCUUUAGCUAUAGUGGAUAAAAGGCGUCAUGGACACAAUGUUGCUGAGGUUAUGAACCUUAUUGGUGACGUAAAAGGAAAGGUUGCUGUUAUGGUGGAUGAUAUGAUUGACACUGCUGGUACCAUUGCAAAAGGAGCAGCUCUCUUACAUGAAGAGGGGGCCAGGGAAGUUUAUGCAUGCUGCACCCAUGCUGUUUUUAGCCCUCCUGCAAUUGAGAGGUUGUCGAGCGGCCUGUUUCAAGAGGUGAUCAUUACAAACACAAUUCCAGUGGCAGAGAAGAACUACUUCCCCCAGUUGACUGUGCUUUCUGUGGCAAAUCUCUUGGGUGAAACAAUUUGGCGUGUUCAUGAUGACUGUUCCUCGGCUGGAUUGGUUGAAUAA